AUGGAUACUCGUCCAAGGGUAUUCCACCUCCCAGACACCAUGCUCAACUGGCCCUGGCCCCGUGCAAUGAAUCCUCAUUUCGAAGUUGUAAAAGCUGGAGUCGAUGCUUCCUUCCGUGAAUUUAAGGCUCUGAGUGACGAGUCACAGGAAGUAUUCGACAAAUGCGAUUGUGAAGUCCUUCGAAUCGGCUGCGACUUGCACCAUAUUUACCUCAUUGUGGACGAGUACACCGACAUCGAAAAUGCGGUAGUCACCCAGGAAAUGUUGGAUAUCGUACUUGAUGCUCUGCAUAAUCCCCAUAAGACACGACCCGAAGGCGAAUGCAUCCUUGGUGAAAUCAUGCGACAAUUUUGGGCUCGUGCAAUCCAGACCGCAAGCCCGUCGUCUCAGCGUCACUUCAUUGAAGAAUUCACCGCAUACCUUUCUGCAACGAUUGUUGAGGCUACUGACCGCGAACAAGGCCAUUGCCGCAGUAUCAAUGACUACCUGAAGCUACGCCGGGAUACGAGUGCCAUGAAAUCCACUGUCACAGUAUGUGAAAUGGGAAUGGAGCUUCCUGAUGAAGUGUUCUACCAUCCCGUUAUCGUGGACCUUGUUGACUGCAUCGCAGAAUUGUGUCUGGUUGACAAUGACAUGAUUUCGUACAACAGAGAGCAAGCGACUGGGGGCGAAAGCCAUAAUUUGAUUACUGCUAUUAUGUUGGAACUCGGCCUCGACAUAAGCGGUGCGAUGGCUUGGGCAGCGCGUUAUCACGCUGAAGUUCAAAAACGAUUUAUGGGCGGUCUUGCGAAGGUCCCUUCUUGGGGACCAUCCGUCGACGUGCUAGUUCAGGAGUAUCUUGAUGGGAUUGCAAGAUGGCCUCAAGGGCUCCAUUGUUGGAGUUUCGAGACUCAAAGAUACUUUGGCACCAGGGGACCAGAGAUGCAGGAAACCGGGCUUGUCCCAUUGUUGCCAAAAGUUAAGCGCAAAGACGCAUUUCCAGUGGCUGGGGUUCGUAUUGUCGAUUUGUCCAAGAUCAUGCACCACGAGCAACCAUCUGGUGUGCUUGAGUUUGGCCUAUUUUCGCCUCUCAAAUAA